AUAGCCUUAUUCAUUCCUUCAACCGUUGUUGCCGAGAGCCAUCUAUAGUUACUGUGAAGGUACCUGAGUAAGCCAUCAUGGUGAAGUACUCAAGAGAGCCUGACAAUCCUACCAAGUCCUGCAAGGCUAGAGGCGCUGACCUUAGAGUUCACUUCAAGAACACUAGGGAAACUGCCCAUGCCAUUAGGAAGUUGCCCUUGGCAAAGGCUAAAAGGUACUUGGAGGAUGUUCUCGCUCACAAACAGGCCAUUCCAUUCAGACGUUUCUGCAGGGGUGUUGGGAGGACAGCCCAGGCAAAAAAUAGACACUCUAAUGGACAGGGAAGGUGGCCUGUCAAAUCAGCUAAAUUCAUCUUAGAUUUACUCAAGAAUGCUGAGAGUAAUGCUGAAGUUAAAGGUUUGGAUGUUGAUGCUCUUUUUGUUUCACAUGUCCAAGUCAAUCAAGCACAGAAGCAAAGACGCAGAACAUACCGAGCCCAUGGAAGAAUCAACCCCUACAUGUCAUCUCCCUGCCACAUAGAGUUGAUAUUAUCUGAAAAGGAAGAGCCUGUCAAGAAGGAGCCCGAGACCCAGUUGGCAACAAGCAAGAAGAAGUCCCAAGCUCUUCGAAGCGGUGCUUCAUCUUAAAUUGCAAUUUAACUAAAUUGUUUCAGGCCCAAUAUUUCUAUUUUGUGUCACGAGGAGAGUUUUGUUGCUUGUUUUAUUUUGCUUUUAGUAUUUGGUAUGAGUUAAUGCUAUAAGAGGCAUGAACACCAGGUUUUGUUUCGUACUGUUCCAAAUUAAUUUGACCUAAUUUGAAAACUUAUGCUCUUUACGAUU